AUGGAUCGGAUCUGGACGGCGCUGGUGUUGGUUGCGGUGCUGGUACUGAGGGGCACCGCGGCGCGCGACAAGGCCAACAUGCCGCAGCCGAAGCAGGAGGAAGGGCCGUCCAACAACGCCACAGCCCUGGGGACCAUUGUGAAGGAGCCUUCCGAAGGUGGGCGGAUCGACCCUGAGGUCCUUGCAGGGAUGUACAACAGGUCCAUGGAUGUGCCGAUUGGCAGGGACAUGCCCUCGAUGGGGCUGGACGGUGCGACGAUCGCCAGCCUGACCAAGUCGGCGAACACCUCCACUGCCAACGGCACCAACCUGGCACUGGUCACAGCCAAUGGGACCAAACCCAAGGGAGAAUCAUUGGCGGUCAUCAAUGCUACAGCUCACAUCGAUGAGGCGACUCAUGCACGGAAGGGAGCCAUGCCGAACAUCACUGUCAAUGCCACUGUUCAGCUUGACGGUGCAACCCACUUACAGAUGGGAGCCUUGCCAAAUGCAACCAACGAGGCAGCAAGCGAAAAAAUCCACAGCAGUGGCCUGGGCGGCAGGUAUGAGGACGAGAACAACCCUGAGACCAUCACUUCUGGUAAGCGUGCCUGGCACCUCGCUAACAGAACCAGGGCAGGGAUUGAGCCCACAGGAGCCUUGCCAAAUGCAACCAACGAGGCAGCAAGCGAAAAAAUCCGCAUCAGCGGCCUGGGCGGCGGGUAUGAGGAUGAGAAUAAUCCUGAGCCCAUCACUUCUGGUAAGCGUGCCUGGCACCUCACCAAUGGAACCAGGGCAGGGAUUGGGCCCAUGCCGAAUGCAACCAAUGGUACCCAAUGGGCCAAUCUGCCGACUGGCCACAAUGAGACCCUUUCGAACCUGUCGUACACCGGGCCACUCAGUGCAACAAACUCCCUGGACAAUUUUGUGCACAAUGGGGAAGUCUUCAUUGACGUCGAGGUGGCAGCACAGAAGUAUCGCCUGGCCCCUGGAGAGGAGCCCCAGGCAUCCGCCAACCGAUCCAACGACCCAGACGUUGUCGCCAUGAAGGAGAUCGCCUCGGUCGUGCUGGACGGACCAAAGGAGACUGCGGUCAUCAUGACUGAGGUGGUCAUUCGAUCAGUCUUGCCAGAUGGUGAGAAUGUGACAACGGUGAGAGAUACUGAGCUACACGAGGUCAUCCAAGGAAAGUUCCAAGACGAAGGUUUGAUGAGAGAGAUUCUGGAGCGCGACGCCAAUCAGGCACAAGCAAUACCGGAGCAGGGGCCUUGCGAGGCCUGCCCGCAGCCCGUCAGCGCCAUCUGCUCCCUGUGCUGGCCGGUGGACUUCUGCAGGCCGUUCGCGUCCAAGGUGGACAUCCCAUGCCCAGCGGAGCAGUUCUGA